AUGCAGAGCGUGCCGAUAUCGCACUCGUCCGGGGGCGUCGCGGUCGUCGAGGAGUGGGCCGCGCUGUCGCCGCCCACCAUGCCGCACAGCUCCGCCGACGGCGCGCCCGACGACCCCUCGCACGUGGGCUCGGCGCCCCGGAGGUCGGCGCGCUGCCCCGCGCACCUCGUCGACACCUUCCCGCCCCCGCUCCGAGGGGUCAGGACCCUGCACGCCGUGUGGGAGAGCGCGGCCACCCGGUUCGGCGGCCGGCCGUUCCUCGGCAGCCGCGAGAAGCUCGCCGACGGCGGGCUGGGGGGCUACAAGUGGACGACAUACGCCGAGGCGGCGGCGCUGCGGUCGGACAUCGCGUCGGGGCUCCUGCACGCGGGCGUGCUCCCGGGCCCCGGGCACCACCACGUCGCCGUCAUGGGCCGCAACUCCCCCGAGUGGUGCCUCAUGGAGGCCGCGUGCCACGCCAUCUCGGUGUGCACGGUCCCGAUCUACGAGGGCGUCGGCGCGCAGGCGCUGCGGUUCAUCCUCAAGGACGCGGACCUCCAGGCGAUCGCGUGCAGCCAGGAGGGCGCCAAGGUCCUCCUCGACUCGCAGCUCCCGCCCUCGGUCAAGCUCCUGGUGAUGCUCGAGGGACCCGACCCCACCGACGCCUGGCCCGAGGCGGGGAACCGCGGGCUGCGGAUUCUGUCGCUGGACAGCCUGGCGCGCGUGGGGCGGUCGUCGCCGCACCCGCACAGGUCGCACCCGCCGAAGCCGUCGGACCUCGCGACGAUCGUGUACACGAGCGGCACCACGGGCGAGCCCAAGGGCGUGAUGCACACGCACGCGUCGCUCAUUGCCAACAGCGCGGGGACCUGGAACCUGCGCCCCAACACCGAGAACGACGUGUACCUCUCGUACCUCCCGCUCGCCCACAUCUUCGAGCGCGUGGUGCACAUCAACCUCGCCAUCAAGGGGACCGCGAUCGGCUUCUACUCCGGCGAGGCUCUCCGCCUGUUCGAGGACAUGCUGGAGCUGAAGCCGACCAUCCUGGCGUCGGUGCCACGCGUGCUGUCGCGCAUGCACUCGUCGAUCGUCGCGGCCAUCGACCACUCCGCGCGCCCCGCGCAGCUGCUCUUCCGCGCGGCAUACGAGUUCGGCCGCCACCAGCUCCUCCGCGGGCAGGCCGCGCGGCCCCCGCCGGGCACCCCGCGGCCGAUCAUGGCCGCGUUCCAGGACCUGGUCAUGCAGCGCCUGCGCGAGAAGUUCGGGGGCCGCCUGCGCUUCAUCACCUGCGGCAGCGCGCCGCUGCGCGAGGACGUGGCCGAGUUCCUGCGCGUCACGCUGUGCCCCGCGCUGUGCCAGGGGUACGGAACGACCGAGGCGGGGUGCACGGUGGCGCUCGCGGAGCCCUACGACGGCCUCAACGGGCACGUGGGGCCCCCGGUGCCGUGCUGCGAGGUGAAGCUCGCGAGCCGGCCGGACCUGGGCUACAUGACCACGGACCGGCCGUACCCGCGCGGCGAGAUCCUCGUCCGCGGCCCGUCGGUCUUCAAGGGGUACUACAAGCAGGAGGGCAUGACCAGGGAGGUGCUGCAGGCCGACGGGUGGCUGCGGACGCGCGACAUCGGCGAGUGGAUCGAGGGCGGGCGGCUGCGCGUGAUCGACCGCAUCGGCGCGCUGUUCAAGCUGUCGCGCGGGGAGUACGUCUCGCCCGAGGUGCUGGAGGCCGCGUACCUGCGCGCGCCGGCGGUGAUGCAGUGCUUCGUUGCGGGGGACCCCGCGCACCGGCACCCCGUGGCCGUGGUCGUGCCGAACCUCGCCGAGCUGGAGAAGAUCGUCGCGGACGUGGAGCUGGACGGGCGCGCGGACGACGGGGGGCCGCAGUCCGGGCGGCGGCGGCUGGAGGAGCUGAUCGAGGACCCGCGGGUGCUGCAGGCGCUCAUGGACCAGAUGAUCGAGGAGGGCGAGCGCGCAGGGCUGCGGAAGUUCGAGCAGAUCCGGGGCCUGGCCAUCGUGCUGCACCCGUUCAACGUGUCCAGCGGGGUGCUGACGCCGACGUUCAAGCUCAGGCGGGAGGCCGCGCGGCGCAUGUUCGCGUCCGAGAUCGAGCGCGCGUACAGCUGGGCGGCUGCGGCCGACGCCGCCAACGGGAGCGCGAGGAAGCAGCAGCAGGAGCACGGGCAGCGGCGGCAGGUGGCCACGUUCGAGGACGCGGACGACGACGGCGUGUGA